AUGGGAUACCCUCACUUAGAUUCCAGAGGACCGACCAUGGACACCGUGCAAAGGCCACCUUUGGAUACAGUUCAGGAGCCUACUCAACCUGUACUUUGGCGUGGAACUAACAACAUCGGUACCAGUCAUCAGGUUGCAUCACAGGGUAGUCAGAACGGUUCAAAAGUACACAGUGCAAUCACGGAUGAUGAAUCCAGUGGCAGUAGCUCGGAUGAAAGCAGUACGGGUACACCGAACAGGCCUCACUUCGGUUUACCUUCUGAUGGCGUUUGCCCCAUGACCAAAUCCCCGCCCGUUGGUUCGUCUCGUUGUAGUCCGGUGGAGAACACCGCGUCUAGCGACACGCGUCCUCAACCGGGAAGAAAUCUGAGACCAGAAAACGAUCAUUCGACGAUCCUAACCACUGAGACUGACACACCAGACAGCUGCAUGCAACAGAAUCAAAAACCACGUGGCUCUUUCGACUAUCUCAAUGACGCGCUGACUAAAGUCGGAAAGUCUACCUCGGACUUAUUAAGUCGCUUCAACUUGCGUGAUUGGUUAGGCACAAGCACACCAAGCACGCCUAUUUCGGACUACACUCCGUGGAAUGGACGACGAGCUACGACCGCUGGUCUUACCACGCCGGGUAGUAACCGAAUGCCUCGUCGGGGUCUUUUACAACACACGUUUGAUGAAGAUGAUAAUAGUGAUGAUGACGAACGAUUGCAUGUGGGAUGGUGUGCCGGAGAUGGGGAACAUCAGAGCGCAUCUAAUCCGGAUUUCUGGUCUCCACGACAAACACAGGUCGAAAUCGAGUCGGCCAGACCCACCGUACCAAACCCCCGAUUUGCCGAUCUUGCGGGUUAUACGAAUUACUGGUUUAUGGUGGGUGAAUCUAUGACCAAUGGGAACGCAUGCCAACGUUCUUUCCCCGCGACCUUAGCCACACUGAAACGGGCACAGAUGCAUCCACCUGUUUGCUCAUCAAAAUUCACUCCCAGUCCGGUUUUACCUCGGGUACCGGCCCGUUCCAGUUCGAUGGAGCCAAGCGUGCCCAUGGGCCCCGUACCACAAACAUCAUCCGGUCGAGCUGCUGUUCCAACCGCCUUGCACUACGCACCGUCCCGCGAAAGCCUGAUAGACAAUCUUGAUCAGCAGAUCAAAGCGCAGAAACGUGUGGCCAGUAUGGGUGGUGCUGGAUGCGGCACGAGACGAACAGAGAGUGGCAGUGUUAUCCCGGACGCCUUGUUGGUUUUCGAAACUUCUCCCACUAGAUUUGAUACAAAUCUGGGUUUGCUUUGA